AAAAAGUGAAAUCAUUUAAUGAACGGUUUUUCUAAAAACAAAAACUACUACAUUACAGAAACCUGUAAAAUAUUUGCCUGUCAAUCUUUCGUAACCUAACCUUAUUUUUCUUAAUUCCUUUGUACUGUCGAAACAAAUACACAAGAAUAGAAUACAAAUGGCCGGAAGCAAAGGCACAUUUCAGCCAGAUUCUGAUGUCCACAUUUCCUAUGAAGACCAGCAAAAAAUUAACAAAUUUGCACGUUUAAAUGCGAAGCUUGAAGACCUUAAAGAAGAAGUCAAGGUGAAAGAGAAUGACUUGAAAAGCUUAGAAGAUGCAUGUGAUGAAAUUGCAUUGUUUGAUGAAGACGAGAAAAUUCCUUAUUUGGUAGGAGAAGUAUUCAUUCUCCAAGACACUGAAACAACACAGAAGUGCUUAGAUGAAGCGAAAAAGAGAAUAGAAGAAAACAUUAAAGAAUUAAAAGGUCAAUCAGAUGAUGUAAGAAGUCAAAUGAGUGAUUUGAAAUCACAUCUUUAUGGAAAAUUCGGAAGUCAUAUUAAUUUAGAAGCUGAGGAUGAGUGAUGGUUUGUUAAUGCGAAACGAUUGAAAACAUUUUUUAAACUUAUAAUGGCAAAUUUUUCUUCUAAUGUUACUAAUUGCGAAAUCUCAACUGCUUAACAUAAUUUUCACUCUGAUGUCGCAAAUAAACUUUUUCUGUAAUAACGAUUGUAAUACAAUAUAGAUAAAUUAAUCAAAU